AUGAAUGUUAUAGCAUUAGAUUCAUCGGAUAGUGAAUUAGAAGAACUACCAGAUGUAUAUUUAUCAUCGAAAGGCAGCAGCCAAAAUUCAAAUGCUGAUAUACCGUCAUCAUCUCAAAGUAGUUCAAAAAGUUUACAAAAAGCAGACAAAAACACGAAUUGUUCAAAGAAGAGCAAUGUGGAAAAAGAAGUGGGGGAACCAAAGCUAGCUAAAGGUGCACAGAAAAUAUACAAGCCAGGUGAAUGUAUGAAGUACAUGACAGUAGAAAUCCAUCCAUUUCUCUUAGAAUGUUGGUACUGUGCAGAUGUAUCAAGGGAAGUUAUAGCUUCUGGAGCAAAGAUUAAGGCUAAUAGCAGUUUAUCUGACUACCGACUCAUUUUGUGGAAUAGAACUGUAGAGCCUACAUUUACUACUCAUAAUGGUGUGGUUGGCUUAACACCAACCAAUGAUGCUUGUGACCAUGGUCUCUAUAUAGCGAGGCUAGACGACAUGGAAGACUAUUUGGUGUCACAGACAUUGUCACAGCAUAUGUGCCAAGCUGCAGAGCUGGCUGGAUGCCAACUAACUCUUCUCCUCUAUGAUGUUAGGGACUAUUUUAAAUCGUCAGGACGAAGAGCCAAAGCUCAGCAGGAGAGGAAAAUAGAAUAUAUUGAUUUAGAAAUGGCCCUAACUGAUCUCCUUGUGAGUGCUAAUUGCGAUACUAUCAUAGCAAAUACGCCAAAUGAGCUUGCUCUGACCAUAACCCAGUUUACUAAAGCCAUAGCAGAGGCUCCAUUUAAGAAAGCAAAAAGAGCCUAUGAUGAACAAGCAGACUUCUAUAUGAGAGGAGACAACAAGAAAUGUGUACCAGUAUCAAAAAAUGGUGACGGCGUAGGCAUGUUGUGGCAACAAAUGUUAGCGGUAUUGCCCAAUUCUAGUUUGGAAAUCGCGCGAGCCAUUUGUAGUAAAUAUAAUAGUCCGAAAAUGCUAUAUGAGGCACUACAAGAACCAGAUGGUGUAAAUAAACUAGCCGAUAUUGGUGUAUCUCGCUCCGCUGUUCCUGGGUCCAAAUCAAGACGAGUAGGAAAAGAGUUCGCAAAAAAACUACACAUUUUAUUUACCGCAGAAGAUGGCAUCACGCUUUUAGAGUGA